UUAUAUAUAAAAAAGCUCAUGCACAAAAUACACGGUAAAUGUUUCUGUAGUCGCAGGCAUUUGUGGUCUGUUUUUAUCUCUGAAUCAUGGAAGCUACAAAUGUUGCAGAUUAAGUCUGUUUAACAGAUUUUUAUCACAUGUAAACACUGUUUCAUUACACUGCUUUUUGGAAUGCUUUUUAUUAAUACUAUGCGCAUUUCUGGAUUCAGAUAACGCAGUACAGCGAUUGCUUAUAGUGUCAGUUAAGCGAGUCAAAUUCUUGCAACCUCAAAAAAGUGUAAAUUGUUACGGAGGUAAAAAAUUACUUUAGGCGCAUCAAAGUCAUGUUCAACAUAUGAAUAUUUCUUAAUAACCCUAUAACUGAAUCUGUACUGCCACGGUGCAGUAAUAACUGCUCAGUGCUUCGAUCGUUGUUUUCAUAUUAACACAGCUAGCUGGGGAAUGCUAAUCGAGCUAUCUUCCUUUUAUGAAGUCACCACUGGGAUCUUGUACCUUGUGUUAAUGCAUAGUGAUCGAGCGCGGUCUGUACGCUACUUGACGACGGGGCGACUAAGAUUCUUAUUUAGUCAGGGGUAUUAUCACAAUAAUUAUGUAAAAUGCAGCCGGACGUCUUUUGUUAAAACCAACAUAAUUUAUAAGUCGCAUUAAAUGUUUAUUGGCUUUUGGCUAAUAACGUGCAGGUCUACGCGAUAUAGAAAACCCAAAACACCGACGUUAUAGUCACAGCAUCAGAGCUGACUGCAUUUCUAACUCUCCGCCAGGGAAGUUUCUAGCUAAGUCAAGUUUACCUGGGGCUUGACUUUUUUAUUUUUAAAAAAUAAAAAUACUCGAGUGAUCGGACCCAACAAUUGCCACGCUCUCUUCUUCCGAUUCACCAUAAAUGCGAACAGGCGAUCUUGCAAACUUAAUCAGAGGAGUUAAAAGCGAUUCAGAUUGUGCGGAAAACUGCAGGGACCGCCUGCUCCUAUCAGAACUAGCUCACCGUCGUCAGUUCGAGGGGUCUUGUCACAUCAUUUUCAAAGUACCGGGCAAAUGCAUCGUUUUAAGGUAAUAUACGUUUUCAUUCCUGCAGAAAAAUAAUGUAUUCUGUCGCUUUUUAUAUUACCGUACCUUAAUCUUUCAAAGUCGUGUACAUAGUCUUGUAUUUUUCUUUUUUCUUUUUUUUCUUUUUUUUUACAUCUUAUCAUGCAUGGAUAAGCAAGUUUUUUUAAAAUUAUUAUUAUUAUUAUUAUUAUUAUUAUUAAAGCUAAUCACUUUUGUUACUCGCAUAGAAUUAAAAUUCGCUAUUUUUUUCCAUAGAGCAGUCGAGUGUUGCAUGCUGAAUGACAUCCGUUAAUAACGCAUGCCAUAGAUCGAAAGAAUCUCUUGGAACUAAUUUCUAAACUUUCAGGGGUGUUUUGAGACCACACCCCAUCCAAAAAAUGUACUGGAAAUGGUUUUGACCACUUAACUCACCUUUUUCUUCUAUUAAUACAGGUGUUGACACUCAGUCAUUGAUAGAGACCAGACCUGCCGGUUUCUUUUCUACCUCCGCUGUUAACUGAUGUAUAACCGUAAGAGUAUAUAUUACACAUAAAUUUAUUACAUGUGGACGGAAAUGAUGGAGAUCAAAUCAGUGGCAUUUAAUGUUGAUGUAAAUUUGAAAUUUGAUUUAUUAAAAAAGUAAAUGUGUGUUCAGCUUUAAAUGUCUCACCUUCCCUUCAUCUUGUCGGUGAAAGAUUUUGUCGCGAUGUCCCAAAAAGAGAAAUGAUUAUUAGGUGUCAUGCUUGGAACUAGACACACGGAGGCGUGACUAUGAUGCAUUGCAUUGCGACUGGCUGCCUUGCUCUCACAGUGGGAGUUGCACUCAUUGCAGCCCUGCCCCCUCCCCCUCCAACCCUUCUAGACUGUGAGUUCCUGGAGCACAGCAAUGCCACCUGCUGGUGGGACCAUGGACCUGACAGCGCAAUCCCGGGAAUCUCAUAUAUCCUGCAGAUCAACGAGACCCUGGAGCCUAAUGGUGAGGUGUAUAAGGUCCGGUCUUGCGAGACGGUCGUUGACCACUGCUCAGUGAACAUCACCACGGUGACAGCCUACUACUGCAUCGCCGUGACGAUGCGCGGAGCCCACGGGGAGGCCGCCUCAGCUCACCGUUGCCUCCACGGCCUUGAAAUAGUGAGGUUAUACCCCCCCGAACUUUCCCAGCUGUGCCCCGUCGCAGGGCGCCCCCCCUGCCUGCAGCUCCAAUGGUCCCUGCCCCCGCACUUCGCCUUGUCUCCCCGGGAGGUUGCUGAAGGCCAUCUGAGGUACCAGGUGUGGUACCUGUCUGAGAACCAGACCAGACCCCAAGUGUUGGAGCAGGACCUCAGGAGGACGGAGUACGCGCAGGUGACGGAGCGGCCCCUAUUCCUCUCAACCAAGCACACCGUGGAACUGUGCAUUUUCUCUGCCUUCACCCGUUACGCCGUGCAGAUCCGAUACCGCUACCACCGCUCGCUGCACUGGAGCGACUGGAGCUCAGCACUGGAAGCGCGCACUGCAGAGGGAGCCCCUUCGGUUGCCCCCCACAUCUGGAUGCAGGUGGAUCCUCCAGACCCGGGAGGGUCCAGGACAGUCAUCCUGCUCUGGAAGACACGGGACAGGGGCUGUGGGGCUGUUUCCCCAAACUCCACGUCCUGCAAGCUGGACCUGCCCCGGCAGCCCUGCGCCUGCAGCGUGUCCGCGGUCACCUCCGCCGGCGCCUCCCCACCUGCGUGCAUCAGGGUUCCUGCUGUGACAGAUCCAGUCGGCCCACCUCCCAAGAACAUCAGCGUGCAGCCAUUGGAUGACUUCAGGCUCCUGGUACGAUGGACAGUGCUAGAGAACCAAUCAGCAAGCCGCUAUGUGGUGGAGUGGUUCGCAGUGACCGAGUCUGCACCACACUGUCUGUACUGGCAGAUGCUGGGAAACGGGACUAAUCACACUGUCAUCACAGAGAGGAUCGAGCCAGAGGUUCGCUACAAGGUGUCUGUAAGGGCCCUGUACGGAUCUUUGCCCGGGCGGGAGCAAGCGGUGGAGAUCUACACGCGACAGGGAGUGCCAUCUGCUGGACCGAAGCUACAGGUCGUGGAGCUCAGAAGCAACAGUGUGAUCCUGCAGUGGGAGCCCAUUCCUGUGGAGCAGCAGCACGGUUUCAUCCGGAGCUACACCCUGUACUGGCAGCACAUGAAUGACCAAGUCGGAAGGGUUGUGGUGCCACCCGGCUGUCAUAGACACCUGCUGAGCGAGCUCUGCGGAGAGUAUAACAUCCAUGUGGAGGUCAGCACAGAUGUGGGACAAACAGCUGGACUGCCAAUCACUGUGGUUGUAGGGCAGGGUGACGUGUCACUGUUGACCAUCCUAUCCUGCAUCAUCAUCUCAGUCUUCACAACAUUCAUACUGAUCACCAUCCUGUGGCACAGAGAGAGGGUAAGAAGGUCCCUGUGUCCAGUGGUACCUGAUCCAGCCAAAGGCAGCCUUUCAGUCUGGGUGCCUAGGAUGUGUGGGAAGGAGGAUAUCAGCAGUCCUGAGAUGAAGGUCAGUGUGAAAACCUGUGACCCCAUCAGUGAGCUUGUCACCUGGGGGGAAAAUGAUCACCAGCGACCCCUGAUGGUGCAGGAUGAAUACAUUAACUGUUCAGCAGUGGCCAUCUGCAAUGAGGUCGGCUGUGUACUACUUGGUGACCAGGGGCCAGCCAGGGGUGACCUGAGAUCUUCCUAUCGCUCCUACGCAAACCUUAUGAUCGAAGACAAUGCUGAUCAUUACUACCCCUGGAAGUCUGCCCCAUCUCCUGCCUAUCAGCGCCUCAACGAUUUCCCAAGGGACACUGACUUCCCUCUGCUACUACAGAUCCUCCUGCAAGACUUGGAUGCCUCAUCCCCUGUCAUUAAGAGCUCCCCUCUCCGGAGACUCGUGACACACAAUUAUGAAGAGUUCCCAUUAGAGAAGCCACCACCAUAAGUGUUUCUGCAGUCUGUGUGAGAGCUGGCACGAGUUCCAUAGCUGAAGUUUCGGGCAGGCAGUUUUCUUUUUACAUUUUAUUUAUUAGAUACUUUUAUCCAUAGCAAACAUUUUUGUGAAAGCAGGAUCAGCCAGUCCCUGUGGCUUUUGGGGGUUAAUGUCCUUGCUCAGGGUCCAACAAUGAAAUUACUCUGGGAUUUGAACCAGCAACCAUCUGGUGACAGCCACACUGUUCUAACCCACCCAACCAAACACCACUCCAACUGUUUUGUUUGGCCGCAGGGGGGGCUUGCGAAUCCUGCAGCCCAUAUGCUGAUGCUGUUUGGAAUAUAUUUCCAGGCACUUUCCAGAAACUGAAUGUUACUGUUGCAACUAUGUGGUAUCAGACUCUGAAAGCUAAUACAGAAAAACCUGGAUUUGGUCAUUAUAUAAACAAACGGAUUUAUGCUAAAGAUAAGUCUGCAGGCUUGCGUCCUGACAGGUAAAUCUUAUUUUAACUUGACCUGGUUAAUAACAGUCUGCACGUCGUGUAUUCGUCAAUCGAAGAGAAUGGAAUGGUGCAUUAAAUUCACAGCAGAGGGCGCCGUUGGCUGAACACGGAAUACGGUAAUGUACGUCACUUGUUAGUGAAGGAAACGACGGCACAAAUUUUAAUUGUGUGAAAUUAUGAAUAUACUGUUAAGUUUAAUGAAUAAAGCUGAUAUAAUACUUUAAAAUAAUGUAUAGUUAAAUGUAAUA